UGCGCAUGGAUCUUCCUGCAGCCAGAUGUGGGCAAAGAUCUGCAGAAAGGAGAACUGGGUAGAGUCCCCCGAGACCUGCGCAGAGACACUCCGGAACGUGAUCUGUCAGAGACACUCCGGAACGUGAUCUGUCAGAUAUUCCCUCCUCCGUCAAGGACCCAGGCCCUGAGGCUGCAAUGGGUGGAAGAAGACGGGCACGGCCCCGCCGGCCACACGCAAGGUCUUAACAUGAAAGAAGGUUCUCCCGAUGGAAGAGGAGUGUGCUCCAUCCACCCCACACAUCGACUCUUGAGAGCCUUAUUUCAGGUCAAGAGCUUCCUUGCUGCGAUUCUGAUGGCUCCCAUUGGUCACUUCCAUGGCCUCCUCUCCAUCAAUGCAUCUAAAAGCGGGGCUGUGAGUUCUCUGUCCACGCCCCACUGGUCCUACUUGGGGGGCUGCGACCCUGGCAAAGAGUCAGUCAAUGCAAUGCCGUUCAUUCUGAUCAAAGACCAGCACGGAGCCAUGACUGAGAGAGCUUGGCUCAUGUGCAAAUGGAAGGGCUCGCCCUCCUAAAACCCCAAGGAGGGGAGCCACCUACGGCCUGCCCUGCGAUGCCCAUGGGGGCGGGGGGGGCGAAGCCACCACACGCCCCACCCUGGCCUGGUGGGAAGGAGCUCCACCAGAGCUGCGGACAAGCCCAGUGAGGUUUCUCCCCCUGCCGGAGGAGGCCAGACCGCCGGGAUACCCCCAGAGGACCCCGCAGACGACACGUUGCCCCCUGCCCAGAAGAUGAGACCGGGUUCCCCCACUCUCCGGGCUUGGACUCCAUCCUGGACGCUGUCCAGAUUCACAUAAACGUGGAACCGAAGGAGGACAUGCAUCUACUGGCAGCUCGCGACUAAUUCAAUAACAAAAGCAAAUAUUUAUAGAUCGCUUCCAGAGUGGUUUACACAGAGAAAUAACAAACAAAUAAAUCAGGUGGAUCCCUGUUCCUGAGCGGCUCACAAUCUCAAAAGAGACCUAAGAUAGACACCAGCAACAGCCACGGGAAAUACGGUGCUGGAGGCGGAGAGGGCCAGUUGCUCUCCCCCGGAUGAGUCCCUUCUCAGGUUGCCUUUCGCAACACCGGGCCAGACUGCCAGCACCUCCCUCAGGACGUUAUCUGAGCAAUCUGGCCUGGGCCCUUGUGCAGAUAAGGAGGCCUUAAGGCUCUUUUUCCCCCGCCACACAAAGACGCAUCCUGUCUUCCCAAAGGACUGGAACUGCUGUGUUUUUCUCCACCUGCUGCUGCUCUAUUUCAGAAGAGGAGGUCGUGGGUGCCGGACGGAGGGAGGUGAGCCGAGGCCGGUGACCAGGAGGACAAUGCAAGUGACAGAUGGGCUCAAGUAACGGGUGGGAGAGUGAAGAGGACAAAAGACCCCCCGCCCCCCAACCAGGUUUGUUCAGAGGGAUCAGACGGAAAAAGAGGGAACAACAGAGAAGGAAAACCUUAAACAAAGGAGAAGAACAAGGACGGACCUUCUGCUUCCCAGUAGGAUGACAUCUAUAAAACCAGAAUCCAGAAAACAAGGGGGGAAGAAGUCCCUGCCCUGCAAAUAGGAAAAACUUCAGUUCUGAACCAAGCUUUCAGCCUCAGUGCAAAAUGGACACAAGGAAAAAACCAUAUAAAUGCUUGGAGUGUGGAAAGAGCUUUGGCAGGAGUGGAACUCUUAUUAUACAUCAAAGAACCCACACUGGAGAGAAGCCAUAUGACUGCUUGGAAUGUGGAAAGAGCUUCAGUGACAGUGGAUCACUUAUCAGACAUCAAAGAAGCCACACUGGAGAGAAGCCAUAUCAGUGCUUGGAGUGUGGAAAGAGCUUUGGCAGGAAUGAAAAUCUUACCAAGCAUCAAAGAACCCACACUGGAGAGAAACCGUAUCAGUGCUUGAAGUGUGGAAAGAGCUUCACUGACAGUCGUUCACUAACCAAGCAUCAAAGAACCCACACUGGAGAGGAGCCAUUUAAAUGUCUGGAGUGGGAAAAGAGCUUCAGCCAAAAUGGAAACCUUACUUUGCAUCAAAGAAUCCACACUGGAGAGAAACCACAUAAAUGCUUGGAGUGUGGAAGGAGCUUCAGGACAGAUAAAACACUUACUAUACAUCAACUAAUCCACACUGAGGAGAAGCCUUAUAAAUGCUUGGAGUGUGGAAAGUGCUUCAGCGUGAGUUCCAGCUUCAGUGCACAUAAGAGAACCCACAGUGGAGAGAAACUGUUUGAAUGCUUGGAGUGCGGAAAGAGUUUCAGGACAGGUGAAACACUUACUGUGCAUCAAAGAACCCACACUGGGGAGAAACCAUAUGAGUGCUUGGAGUGUGGAAAGUGCUUCAGCCAAAGUGGAAACCUUACUUUGCAUCAAAGAAUUCACACUGGAGAGAAACCACAUAAAUGUCUGGAGUGUGGAAAGAGCUUCAGGACAGGUGAAACACUUACUGUGCAUCAAAGAACCCACACUGGAGAGAAACCACAUAAAUGCUUGGAGUGUGGAAAGAGGUUCUCUGACAGUGGAUCACUUACCAAGCAUCAAAGAACCCACACUGGAGAGAAACCAUAUCAGUGCUUGGACUGUGGAAAGUGCUUCAGCCAAAGUGGAAACCUUACCUUGCAUCAAAGAAUUCAUACUGGAGAGAAACCACAUAAAUGCUUGGAGUGUGGAAGGAGCUUCAGGACAGGUGAAACACUUACUGUGCAUCAAAGAACCCACACUGGAGAGAAACCACAUAAGUGCUUGGAAUGUGGAAAGUGCUUCUCUGACAGUGGAUCACUUACCAAGCAUCAAAGAACUCACACUGGAGAGAAACCAUAUGAGUGCUUGGACUGUGGAAAGUGCUUCAGCCAGAGUGGAAACCUUACUUUGCAUCAAAGAAUCCACACUGGAGAGAAACCUUAUAAAUGUUUUGAGUGUGGAAAGAGCUUUAAGGUGAGUGCCCAUCUCACUUCUCAUCAAAGAACCCACACUGGAGAGAAACCCUAUCAGUGCUUCGAGUGUGGAAAGCGCUUCAGUGACAGUGGAUCACUUACUGUGCAUCAAAGAACUCAUACUGGAGAGAAACGUAACAGUGCUUGGAGGGUGGAGAAAGCUUCAGUGUGAGUUCUCACCUUAAGGCACACGAAGGAAGCCACAACAGAAAGAAACCCUGUCAGUGCUGGGAGUGUGGAAAGAGGUUCACUGACAGUGACACUCUUACUUGGCAUCAAAGAACCCACACUGGUGAUUGUGAUGAAAUGGGAGCGUCUGCUUUUGGAUUUCAAGAAGUAAAUACUAGUAGGUGAGGGCUUUCAUUGUUUGGGCAAAGUCUCUCUGCUUAGAUUAGACUUCUAGGAAUGUUCAAGACAUUAAAUAUAAAUAAUACUAAUGCCCUUACAAAAGGGGGAAGUAAAGGAACAGUUUAACAUUUGUAAGAUUUCAACCUCAAACAUCACUCAUUCUAUUGUACAGUGACCAUGUUUGGUAAACAUGAAUCAUAAUAAACUUGAAUCUGAGAAAGGUCUGCAUGAGGGGGCCUGAAGUCA